AUGACAGCUGUACAUCUUUGGAUGAUGGAGUCCAGCAUCCCCCUGCAAAUGGGAAUGGAGCAGGUACCGGAGGCAGCUUCUGUGCUUUGCUACACCCAUCGGGUCUCCCCCUUGACUGCCACUGGCUUUCGCCAGGAUGGCAAGGACACUGCUCUCUCUGUCACGGUUUUUGCUGAGAGUAAGCAGGAGAUCCACCGGCGGUCUGCGCGGCUGAGGAACACCAAGUACAAGUCAGCGCCCGCCGCGGAGAAGAAGGUUUCCACGAAGGGCAAGGGGAGGAGGCACAUCUUUAAGUUAAAAAACCCCAUCAAGGCUCCUGAGUCUGUAUCCACUAUAAUUACGGCAGAAUCAAUCUUUUAUAAGGGUGUAUACUAUCAAAUUGGAGAUGUUGUUUCAGUGGUUGAUGAGCAGGAUGGAAAAACAUACUACGCUCAGAUCCGUGGGUUUAUUCAGGACCAAUACUGUGAAAAGAGUGCUGCACUAACCUGGCUCAUUCCUACGCAAGCCAGCCCCAAAGAUUGUUUUGACCCAGCAUCCUAUAUCAUAGGACCAGAAGAAGAUCUCCCAAGGAAAAUGGAAUAUUUAGAAUUUGUUUGUCAUGCACCUUCGGAAUAUUUCAAAUCUCGAUCAUCUCCCUUCCCUACUGUUCCUACAAGACCAGAGAAGGGCUAUAUAUGGACUCAUGUGGGACCUACUCCUGCAAUCUCCAUUAAAGAAACUGUUACCAAUAAUUUAUAAUUUUUUAAAGGAAUACUUUGGACAAGUUAUUUUGGGUGUAUUCUCAGGUCUGUGAACCCCAUACAAGAAGUUUAAAAAAAACUAUAAAAUGUUCAUUUUACUUUAUGGAUUAUGGUAUUUAUUUAUUUUAAAUUAUAUCAGAUCUUAAAGUGGAAGUUUUCUUUCCAUUUGAUGCGUCAUUUCUGUGCUCUGUUCUUCAGACAUUAUUGCUCAUUUUGGGACAAAACCACAAGUUACGUGCCAUCUUCGACUUUGGUGAGCAAAUAAUUGACUUCUGAAAGCUGCCUUUAGUGUUCUUAUUUUCUAACUUAUUUUCCAGAAAAGGAGUUAAAAGAUGUACUCUUAAUCAUCCAGCUCUUUAUAUACUUGUUUAAUUUAGUUAACUGUGACUGCAGUUUUUGUUUGCUUCAUAAAUAAUUUAAGCCUACCUUCAAAUAAACACUAAACUU